CAGAACCAGAUCAGUAUACAAAAAAGAAAAUGGAGGACAGGAAGGAAUCAAAAAGCGAUUGAGCAGUCUAGAAGGGAAAAUCAAGAGCAUGGAAGACAAAAUCAACAUCUUUUGGAAGUGCAAAUGCAAUAUCAGGAUGCAGAGGAAAUAAAUAUCGAGAAAAAUGAAAUUCCUCUGGCAACAUAUAAGGCAAUCAAUGAUGAAGUAGCAGAAAGACAAGACAAACUAGAAAAACAAAUUGAGCAAAUGGGAAGAAUGCUAACCGAAUUGUUGGAAAACG